AGCCCUGCAACUGUUGAGGAAUUCAAUUUGGGUCUGGAGGGAGCACAGCUAGCUGGCUGUACCUGGAGCCAGCAGCAACAGAGACCCACAAGGCGGCGACUGUGAGCUUUCGGUACUGCAUAGACUCCUGGAGAUUGAUGUCUGGGGAUUUGUCAAGAUGCUUGGGAAAAGGUAAAUCUAGACUUGGACCCUCCGGCUGGGCGAAGACACAAGAUGGAUAUGCUUUCUCUGGAUAGAAGCACAGACUGUGUGCAAACAUCCCCUCUGGAGCCUGAGACUCAGUGCGCAGACUCUUCCUUGAAUGUCCCUGAGGUAUGAAGUCAUCAACAUUAACCUAAAAAACAAGCCUGAUUGGUACUAUACAAAACAUCCUUUUGGCCAAAUUCCUGUCUUGGAGAACAGCCAGUGUCAGCUGAUCUAUGAAUCUGUCAUUGCUUGUGAGUACCUGGAUGAUGUCUACCCAGGAAGAAAGCUGUUUCCAUAUGACCCGUAUGAGCGAGCCCGCCAGAAGAUGUUACUGGAGCUAUUCUGUAAGAUCCCACAUUUAACCAAGGAGUGUCUGGUAGCGCUGAGAUGUGGGAGAGACUGCACGGAUCUGAAGGUCGCCCUGCGUCAGGAGCUGUGCAACAUGGAAGAGAUUCUUGAAUAUCAGAACACCACCUUCUUCGGCGGAGACUGCAUAUCCAUGAUCGAUUACCUCAUCUGGCCCUGGUUCGAGCGGCUGGAGGUCUAUGGACUGGCUGACUGUGUGAAUCACACCCCGAUGCUACGGCUCUGGAUAUGCUCUAUGAAGCAGGACCCUGCCGUGUGUGCUCUGCACAUCGAUAAGAACAUCUUCCUGGGCUUCUUGAAUCUCUACUUCCAAAACAACCCCUGUGCCUUUGAUUUUGGGCUGUGCCCCCCAGUCAUACGGUAAUCCAGGCAUUGCCCAGGAUUCUCAUCCUUCUGAUUCUGCAUCACGGGUCAUCUUUGGGGCGGGGUGUCAGUGUAUUUGUUCUUUUUUUGUUUUUGAGGUCCCUAAUAAAUAUGGACAUGUAAAAUAUA